AUGCGGCGUACCGCCGGGGCCGGCGCCGAUGGCAGCGGCGUCGGGGUCGCUCACGACAGCACCAGCAGCGGCAGCGGCAGCGGCGGCGGCGGCGCCCCGCGGCGGCGCGCGAUCGACGUCAGCCGCGCGCUCGCCGCCGCGCGCGCCCGCGAGGCGGCCCGUGCUGACAGCCUCUUUGCCGACCCCUUCGCCGAGCUUCUGGCGGAAGGGACGGCCGGCUUGGGGGACGACGAGACGGCCCUGGAUGUUGUGGCCACGCGCUACAUCGAUGAGUGCCUCAUGAAUGCCAUCCAGCAGGUCAACAUCAACAGCAUCAACCAGGGCGAGUACAGGCAGGUCGUGUUGCUCGGCGACGGCUUCGACACCCGCCCCUUCCGCCUGCCGUGGCCGCCGGGUACCGUCCUCUUCGUCGUCGCCCCCCCAGAGGCGCACGAGCGCGCAGAGGCGCUGCUCUCCGCCCGCGACGGCGGCGCGCCGCGCGUCGAGCGAGGCUGCCUCCUCCGCCGCGUCGACCUCAACCUCGCGGCGGCCUCCGCCCCGGCCCCCGCCGCCGCCGCCGCCGCGCCCGCCGGCGGCCUCGCGGCCACAGCAGCAGCGGCCGCGACAGCGGCGCCGGCGGCGCCGGCCUCGAUCCUGCUGGCCCAGCUGGAGCGCGCCGGGUUCAGGGGCGACCGGCUGAGCCUGUGGGCCCUGCAGGGCCUGCACGGCCAGGAGCUGCAAAAAGGCGCCCUGCUGGAGCUGCUCGCUGACGUCACCAACGGCGCCGCGUUCCAUAGCCUGGCGGUGGGCGAGCUGCCCCUCGUCGGCCUGAGGUCAGAGGUCGACAAUGCGCUGGCGGAGGUCGGGCUGCUGGGCGCCUCGUACGCGCACGGCGACGGGCUGGCGGGCGGCGGGUACGGGCGGCUGCUCGCCGCGCCGGCCGGCGGCGGCGGAGGGGCAGAGGCGGCGGCAGCGCCCGGGGCGUUGGAAGGGGGCGCUGAGGGGCAUGGGGACGGCGGCGGGGCGGCAGAGGGGGCGCGGGAGCGAUGGCUGUUUGCCUCGCAGCAGAUGCGGAUGUCGCUGGCGCAGAUGGGGAUCUACCAGGAUCACGUCGGGGCGGCCGAGGAGACUGACGAGGACUUUUUCGGACACUUUUCGUGA